GAGUUUGAAUAAAGAAAACUAUGACGAUGCAAGCCCGACUGGACUGCUUGUGUCUCCUGACACUUUACUUGACAACUGGAUACGGUCAAGAAGGAAAGUUUAGUGGACCCCUGAAACCCAUGACAUUUUCUAUUUUUGAAGGUCAAGAACCGAGUCAAAUCAUAUUCCAGUUUAAGGCUGAUCCUCCUGCUGUGACUUUUGUACUAACUGGGGAGACAGAUGGCAUAUUUCAGAUACAACCAGAUGGACUUCUGUAUCACAACAAAACCCUGGACAGGGAAACAAGAGCGGUUCACAAACUCCAGGUCUCAGCCCUGGAUGCUCAUGGCAACACAGUGGAGGGCCCAGUCCCCAUCACCAUAGAGGUGAAGGACAUCAAUGACAAUCGGCCUACGUUUCUCCAGACGAACUAUCAAGGCUCAGUCAGGCAGAAUUCUCGCCCAGGAAAGCCCUUUAUGUAUGUCAAUGCUACAGACUUGGAUGAUCCAGCCACGCCCAAUGGCCAGCUUAUUUAUCAAAUUAUCAUGCAGCUUCCCAAGAUCAAUGAUGUCAUGUACUUUCAGAUCAACAACAAAACGGGGGCAAUUUCCCUUACUGCAGAAGGAUCCCGGGAAUUAGAUCCUCUUAAGAACCCUUUCUACAAGCUGGUGGUCUCAGUGGAGGACAUGGGAGGUCAGAACGAGCAUUCCUUUAGUGACAGCACAUCUGUGGAUAUUACGGUGAAGGAGAAUAUUUGGAAAGCACCAGAACCUGUGGAGAUUGAAGAAAACUCAACUAAUACUCACCCCAUCAAAAUAACUCAGGUGCGGUGGAACGACCCAGGUGCACUAUAUUCCUUAAUGGACAAGGAGAAGCUACCAAAAUUCCCUUUUUCAAUUGACCAGGAAGGAGAUAUUUAUGUCACUCAGCCCUUGGACCGAGAAGAAAAGGAUUCAUAUGUUUUUUAUGCGACCGCCAAGGAUGAGCUUGGAAAACCACUUGCAUUCCCACUGAAAGUUCAAGUGAAAGUUAAAGACAUUAAUGAUAAUCCACCUACAUGUCCAUCUACAGUGACUGUAUUUGAGGUCCAGGAGAAUGAACAAAUAGGGAGCAAUAUUGGAACCCUUACUGCUCAUGACAUAGAUGAAGAAAACACAAUCAACAGUGUCUUGGGGUACAAAAUUGUGGAUCAAAUCCCCAAAGUUCCUAGGGAUGGACUAUUCCUGGUCCAAACCUACUCGGGAACAUUACAGUUAGCUGGGCAGUCCUUGAAGAAGCAAGACACUCCGCAGUACAACUUGACAGUAGAGGUUUCUGACAAAGAUUUCAAGACCCUCUGCCAUGUGCAAAUCAACAUUAUUGAUAUCAACGAUCAGAUCCCCAUCUUUGAAAAAUCAGAUUAUGGAAACCUAACUCUCCCUGAAGAUACAGCUGUUGGAUCCAUCAUCUUAACCAUCCAGGCCACUGAUGCUGAUGAACCACAUACUGGGAGUUCUAAAAUCCUGUAUCGGAUUAUGCAGGGAGACAGUGAUGGACGUUUGGAGGUUGAAACAGAUCCCCAAACCAAUGCUGGCUAUGUCAAGGUUAAAAGCCCACCCCUUACUUUCAUCUUCUAUGGAAUUGCCAAGUCCAUUGCCUCUUGCUUCAUCUCUUCCUUUGUAAGGUCUGGGAAGUCUGGAGCCAAAAUCUUGAUUGCCAUUGUACUUGCUGCUUUACAGAAGGUUUUCCCAUCCUUCCCUCAGUCUUCUCCCAUCCCCCAUGGUGUACACAUGAGGCUUGACCUUUUCCUCCAUGGCAGCCUCAUUUAUGCUUUAGAGCAUCCUCUUGACUUCGAAACAGUAGCUGUUCACAACAUUGUGUUUCAAGCAGAAAAUCCUGAGCCUCUGGUGUCUGGUGUGCAGUACAAUGCCAGCUCUUUUGCCUCAUUCAGGCUUAUUGUGACAGAUGUGAAUGAAACACCACAAUUUUCUCAACAAGUAUUCCAAGCAAAAGUCAGUGAGGAUGUGGCCAAAGGCACUAAAGUGGGCAACGUGACUGCCAAGGAUCCGGAAGGUCUGGACAUAAGUUAUUCACUGAGAGGCGACAAGAGAGGUUGGCUUAGAAUUGACUCCGUCACUGGCGAGAUCUUCAGUGUGGCUCCACUGGACAGGGAAGCUGAAAGUCUGUAUCAAGUUCAAGUGGUGGCAACGGAAGUAGGUGGCUCCUCCUUGAGCUCCACUGCGAAUUUCCACCUGGCUCUCACGGAUGUGAAUGACAACCCCCCUCGGCUGGUCAAGGAGUACACUGGCUUGUUCUUCUGUUAUCCCCCCCAAGAACCUGGAAGUCUCAUCUUCGAGGCCACUGAUGAUGAUCAGCAGCUACUUCGGGGUCCACACUUUACCUUUUCCCUUGGCAGCGAAAUCUUGCAAAAGGACUGGGAAGUUUCCAAAAUCAAUGGAACUCAUGCUAGCCUCUCCACCAAGCACACCAACUUUGAGGAGAAAGUUUACCACAUCCCGAUCCGCAUCAAUGAUGGUGGCCGGCCACCCUUGGAAGGGACUGUCUAUUUACCAGUUACUUUCUGCACGUGUGUGGAGGAAAGAUGUUUCCAGCCAGCAGAACACCUCCCUGGGAUACCCACGGUGGGCAUGGCAGUGGGGAUACUCCUCACCACCUUUUUGGUCAUCGGUAUAAUUUUAGCAGUUGUGUUUAUCCGGAUGAAGAGGAAUAAAGGCCAAGAUAAUGUGGAAAGGGCUCAGGCAUCUGAAGUCGAGCCUCUGAGAAACUGAAUGUGAAAAGGAAUGUUUGGGUUUAUGUAUCAAGUGCUAUUUCAGUAACAUAACCAUACAACCCCCUGAUUUUUCUUUUCAUCCAACAUGUGUGCUAUAAUUUUUUACAGAUAUACCCUCUUGCCCUUUAAUAUUUUAUGACCCUUAGAUAGUUCAUGUGCUAUAGACAUUAGAGACAUUUUCCAUUUUCUCAUGACACGUUCCCCCUCUGCAAAAGCCUCAGCUGUUUAUCCAAACACAAAAAUGUAUGUGUUUUUUCCCUCUCUGGGGAAGAGCGGUUGAUGAAAUUUCUUCUUCAUCGAGGAGAUUUUUAUCAGUCAUCUACCACAGAACUUCCUGGAUUCCAUGUAUGCUUUUUCUGAGUCCAUCCUGUGGCUCCUCCCUCUAAGCCUCCUUUGGUAUUUUGCUAAUGUGGAAACAUUUGUUCGAGAAGAGAGCAAAGCGAAGUCUCAGGAGAAGAUAAAAGCACAGACCGGACCCUGAGUUUGAACAGAAACUUCAUUGUUAUCAGUCCCUGGGGGCUUCUCUGUUGCUUUUCAUUGGAGGAUUUUGCAUUUGGGAACAGCACAAGCCCAGCACAGACCAUGCUUCAUGAACCCUGGUGCAGAAACCAGCCACUGCCACGUUUUCUCACUAUCCACCAUGAUCACGUGCUGUGCAUGUUUUCUUGUAUAGUAAUACAUUUUUGGUUAUUAUAUAUUUAAUGGUGGAGGAAAAUAAGGAAGCAUGAAAGAUGUG